AUGUCAAGUACGAAUAAUUCGAAUAACAUUCCAUCAAACACAAUAGCAACAACAACAACAACAACAGAAAACGGAUUAGAUGAUCUUGUAUCACAACUUCGACAAACAAUUAAUAAAAGUGAUUGGCUAACACUUAAUACUUCAGCUAAAUGGGAACAAGAAAAUCCUGAAUUAGCUAAACAAUGGCGUGAAGCUAUGAAAAUAAAUCAAACUAAUGAUUCUACCGAACAAUAA